AUGAAUUUGGAAAUGACACUCUCUAGCACCUCAAUCAAGCAACCCAAACCCAAAUCUGAAACCACCGCCCAAUCCUCAAGUGUCUCAAAAGCAAAAGACCGCCAUUCCAAGGUAAAUGGCCGAGACCGCCGUAUCCGGUUGCCGCCAUUAUGUGCUGCCCGUGUGUUCCAGCUUACUCGUGAGCUCGGUUACAAAACCGACGGCGAGACCAUAGAAUGGCUCUUACGCCAGGCCGAGCCAUCCAUUGUCGCUGCCACGGGAAAUGGUGUCGUUUCCACUACUUCCACCUAUCCGCGUUUAGGUAUCUCGGACUUUCCUUGCAAGGCUCAGACUCGCGUGCAUGAAAAUAAGUUAGUGUUUUCAAGGCCUGAGCCAGUGUUGCCGCCUUUUGAAUUUGAUUUGAUUGCAAACUUUGAUUUAGAAUUUUCUGCCAAUGAGAUCGCCAUGUUGCAAUCGGUAACAGAGAUUGAGGAGAAAGAUCAAAAGUAA